AUGUUGACAAGACGUCAAUUUCUCACGUCCACCCGGCGCAUCGCCACAAACACCCCAUCGAUUCAACUUCCCUCCUCUUCCGUCUCGUCCGUCCGUCACUAUGCCAACGGCCGCCCCCACCCGCCCGGCGGCACCCACCGGAUGAACAUGAGCGGCGAGGAGGAGAAGCCCGCGCUCGAGCAGUACGGCAUAGACCUGACCGCGAAGGCGAAGGAGGGCAAACUCGACCCUGUGAUUGGACGGGACGCCGAGAUCCAGCGGACGAUCCAGGUGCUCUCGCGGCGCACCAAGAACAAUCCCGUGCUGAUCGGACAGGCCGGGACGGGCAAGACAGCGAUUCUGGAGGGGCUGGCUCUGCGCAUCGUGCGCGGCGAUGUCCCCGAGAGCAUCAAGAACAAGCGGGUCAUAUCGCUUGACCUGGGCUCGCUCAUCGCGGGCGCCAAGUUCCGAGGCGACUUCGAAGAGAGGCUCAAGAAGGUGCUGCACGAGGUCGAGCAGGCCGAGGGCCAGGUGAUCCUCUUCGUCGACGAGCUGCACACGCUCCUGGGCCUCGGCAAGGCGGAGGGCAGCAUUGACGCGUCGAACCUGCUAAAGCCGGCGUUGUCGCGCGGAGAACUGCAGUGUUGCGGUGCCACGACCCUCAACGAGUACCGCAUCAUCGAGAAGGACGUUGCGCUGGCACGACGAUUCCAGCCCAUUCUGGUGAACGAGCCGACGGUCGAGGACACCAUCAGCAUCCUCCGCGGUAUCAAGGACAAAUACGAGGUACACCACGGUGUGCGCAUCACAGACGGCGCGUUGGUGGCAGCCGCGACGCUGAGCAACCGGUACAUCACCGAUCGAUUCUUGCCCGACAAGGCCAUUGACCUGAUGGACGAGGCAGCUAGCUCUCUGCGCCUGCAGCAGGAGAGCAAGCCCGAGGAUAUCAUGAAGCUAGAUCAGAGGAUCAUGACCAUCCAGAUUGAGCUGGAGAGCCUGAGGAAAGAGUCCGACGUCGCCAGCCGAGAGAGGAGGGAGAAGCUCGAGGCGGACCUCACGAGGCUCCAGGAAGAGGUCAAGGUGCUCACGGAGAGGUGGGACAAGGAGCGUGGCGAGAUUGAGACCAUCAAGCAGACGCAAGCUGAACUCGACCGGGCCAAGAUCGAGCUGGAGAUGGCGCAGAGGGAGGGCAACUUUGCCAGGGCCUCGGAGCUGCGGUACAGCGCGAUACCAGCCCUGGAGCAGAAGCUGCCCAAGGAAGGAGAGCAGCAGGCAUCAUCCGGAGCCACCACCUCGGGUGACACCCUGAUCCAUGACUCCGUCACGGCCGAUGAUAUCGCCACGGUGGUGGCCAGGAUCACGGGUAUCCCUGUGUCGAAGCUGACGAGCGGGCACAUUGAGAAGCUCAUCCACAUGGAGGACAACCUUAGACAAGCCGUCAAGGGCCAGGACGAAGCCCUCAAGGCUGUCGCAAAUGCCGUGCGGAUGCAGCGCGCCGGGCUGUCGGGCGAGAACCGCCCACUCGCCUCCUUCUUCUUCCUCGGCCCUACCGGCGUGGGCAAGACGGAGCUGUGCAAGAAGCUCGCCGGCUUCCUGUUCUCGACUGAAUCGGCCGUCGUGCGCUUCGACAUGAGCGAGUUCCAGGAGAAACACACCAUCUCACGGCUGAUCGGCGCACCGUCUGGCUACGUCGGCUACGAAGAUGCCGGGCAGCUGACAGAGCAGGUGCGCCGCAAGCCAUACGCGGUGCUGCUCUUUGACGAGUUUGAGAAGGCCCACAGGGACAUCUCGGCGCUGCUCCUGCAGGUGCUUGACGAGGGGUACCUCACCGACGCCCAGGGCCACAAGGUCGACUUCAAAAACACCAUCAUCGUGCUGACGUCCAACCUCGGCGCCGACAUCCUCGUGGGCGCGGACCCGAUCCACCCUUACAAGGAGACCGAGACGGGCGACAUCAGCCCGGACGUCAAGAAGGCCGUGCUCGACGUCGUCGCUGCCAACUACCCACCCGAGUUCCUCAACAGACUCGACGAGUUCAUCAUCUUCAAGCGCCUCUCGCGUGAGGCCCUCCGCGACAUUGUCGACAUCCGCCUCCGCGAGCUCCAGACCCGCCUUAGCGACAGGCGCAUCACCCUUGAUGUGCCCGACGACAUCAGGCAAUGGCUCGCCGACAAGGGCUACGACCCGAAAUUCGGCGCCCGCCCGCUCAACAGGCUGAUCACGCACGAGAUUGGCAACAGGCUGGCGGAUAAGAUCAUCCGGGGCGAGGUCAAGAUGAACGAUACCGCCGUGGUGGCUAUCAGCGCGGAUGGCUCAGGGUUGGAGGUACAUGCGAAGCCGAAGGGAGGAAUAGAGUAGAUGGAUUGGGGUUCCACCAGACUGGAAGGAAGGAAAAAAAGAAUGAAUGAGAAAAGGACUUUGCAUUGACGGUGUUUUGUGGGCAUCUUCUUUUGGUCAGGUUGCAUGAAAUGGGAGCAUGGUAUGGUAGACGGCUGUCUUCCUUAAGGGAGGACUCUGUGGCGUUUGAAUGUAUAUGUUGUCUCUCUCUUUCAUCACAUCUCUGCUCUCGAUACCAAAUACAAUUGUGUUCUUAC